CCCCCUCCCCUCUUUUUUUGGGGCCCGAGAGCCGCUGAGACACCCUCUUCCAAGGCUGGCAGGCAGAGGAGGAGGGCAGGCCGCCGUUUCCACCAGGGGUGCAGGAUGGGCUCUGUUUCCAACCAGCAGUUUGAAGGGGGCUGCGCCCAAGGGAGCGAGGAAGAGCCCACGGGGGACGAGGCGGGCCAGGCGCCGCUGCAGGGCGCCGGCAUCUGCAAGUGGUUCAACGUGCGCAUGGGCUUCGGCUUCCUCUCCAUGACGGCCAGGGAAGGCGUCGCGCUCGACUCCCCCGUCGACGUCUUCGUGCACCAGAGCAAGCUGCAUAUGGAAGGUUUUCGCAGCCUGAAGGAAGGAGAAGCCGUCGAGUUCACCUUCAAGAAGUCCUCCAAGGGUUUGGAGUCCAUCCGAGUGACUGGUCCAGGGGGAGUGUUCUGUAUCGGCAGUGAGAGGAGACCGAAGGGCAAGAACCUGCAGAAACGCCGGUCAAAAGGCGAUAGAUGUUACAACUGUGGUGGCCUGGAUCAUCAUGCCAAAGAAUGCAAGCUCCCGCCUCAGCCAAAGAAAUGCCAUUUCUGCCAAAGCAUUACCCACAUGGUUGCCAACUGCCCUGUCAAAAUGCAGCAAUCGCCCAGUUCUCAGGGAAAGCCUGCCUACUUCCGGGAGGACGAGGAUAUGCACAGCUCAACCCUUCUUCCCGAAACCAGGGAAUGAUGUUGGGAAAUCAGUUAGAGCUACUGGAUCACUGGGGCUUCAGGGCAUCGAGUCAGCAAAGAAGGGGGAGCAAUGAAGAGCUUCUGCCUCCAGGUU